AUGGGUAGAGGCUGGAAGAGUUUUGAGAUGCAUGCUAGAAAAAGUCUGGAUUGCCAUGAAGAGACUGUUGGUAGAAAUGUGGACAUUCAAGGUGAUUCUGACGGCGUGCCGCCGCCGCCGCCGCCGCCACCCCGCGCACUAGAGCCUCGGCGCCAGCCUCGUGCGCCCUCGCCGCCUCCCCGCGGCCCCCGGCCUGCGCCCCUCGGGGUCCCGCGGCUGACCCGCGCGGGAUCAGCGGAGAAGGCGAAGCGGCUGGCUGGGGCGAGGCAGAUGGGGCUCAAGGCGCGCAGGGCGGCGAGGGUGGCUGGCGGCGGCGGCGGCAGGGCCGCUAACCCGGCCGGAGGGGACGCGGCGGCGGCCGGCGACAAGGAGAUUUGGAAAGUGGGGCUGGCGCCCGGCGACGUAAAACAAAUCACCUUGGAGCUCGGGGCCAGAGCUUUCAAAGACGGGACCCUGCUGCUGGAGGGCAGCGGCCGCGACGAGGGGCUGCGGAGGACCCCGCAGGGCAUCGGGCUCCUGGCCAAGACCCCCCUGAGCCGCCCUGUCACGAGGAACAACGCCAAGUCCCCGCGCAUCCAAACUUUGAUCUACGACGCCCUCGAGAGACGGCGGGGCUGGGCGCUGCUCUACCACGUGCUCGUACUCUUGGAGCUACCUAAGCGGCAGAACUGGGAUUUCGCAGGGGUGUUGCGCCUAUGUCCUAGUGCUGUCUUCACCAUGUCACUGCUGUCCCCAAUGGCAGACGAUACAGAAAAAGACCAUGAUGCCAAAUUAGCUUCUUUCAAAGAACAAGAUGCUGGGGUCCUUCCCAUGGGAGGUGUGAUACAUGGUCUGAACAAACCAGUUCUGGAAUUCAUUCUUCACUGCUCUAGGAGCAAGAUGGAGUUGCAGCCAUGGAUGAUGCCCACGAGGGCCCCUGGAUAA